AUGGCACUUUUAGGGACUCAACUAGUUUUAACUUUGAUUAUGGUCAGUUUUAUUCAAAAACUAGGACAUCAUCUAUCAUUAGGGAAAUGGUUAUUAUGUUCCACUGGUUUAAUUCAUUACUUGCAUCCUACGAAUGAAGAACUUAGAAGUCUUGCUGGAAUUCAAAAAAAUAACAAAAAUAAUAAAAAGAACAGAUAUGGAAAAGAUAACGAGCAGCAAGUUUUAGAUACUUUUCAUGUUCCGAGAGACCUUGAUAUUCAGCUUAAAAAAUCAAAAGUUGUGCCUUUGGAUGUGAUGCAUCUAAGAUUUUAUUCUGAAUACCAAUGGUUAAUCGAUUUUUCCGUUUAUGCUGUCGUCAUUUACACUCUUACUGAAACUUAUCAACUUAUUUUUCAAGCGCAAGAUGAAGUUAAUCUCUCUAUGUUGUGGUGUUUUCUAGUAGUUGGCUUUGCAAUGAAAGUUUUACUUUCUUUGACUGGACAAUAUUUUCAAAGUGAAGAUUCUGGAGAAAGAUCUACAGUUAUAGUGACAGGUUUUGUGUAUUUCGUAUUGGCAAUGAUAAUUUUAAUAAUUGAUGAAAAUAGUUUAGAACUAGGGUUAGAAACUGCUUACAAAGUAUUUAAUAAAAAUGCCAUAGCAUUUUUGGAAAGGCAGGGCAUUGACUCUUCGGGUCCUGCGUCUAAAAUUGUAUUAAAAUUUUUUUUGGCUCUUUGGUGUGGUAUAAUUGGAGCACUUUUUACAUUUCCUGGUUUAAGGAUGGCCCGAAUGCAUUGGGAUGCCUUAAACUAUUGCACUGAUAAAAAGGCUCUAAAAAUUCUUUUAAAUGUUAAUUUUGCCAUGCCUUUUUUUAUUACAAUUCUUUGGAUAAAGCCUAUAUCUCGGGACUAUCUUACAAAUAGAAUUUUUCAUGGAAUGUCACACCCACUAAUGUCUUCGACAAGUUUUGAAAGUUUACGACUUGUUAUCGUUUUAUUAGCUGUCACUCUUCAUUUUUGCUUUAUGCCACUUUAUUUACAAUGCUACUUAAAUAUGGCAAACAGUCGAAUUGAAAGAAUUAAAAAAGAAGCUGGUAGAAUAACAAAUACUGAUCUCCAGAAACGUAUUGCUGCAGUAUUUUAUUAUUUGUGUGUUGUCGCAUUACAAUACACAGCACCAAUUCUUAUUUGUCUUUUUCUAACUUUUAUGUACAAAACUUUAGGUGGAUUCACAUGGACGGGAGACAUUUUAAAAAGUGAAUAUGAGUGUCCAUCUGAUACAUAUAAAAGUGCCAAAGAAAAUAAAUUUUUGUAUGAUAAUUUUAGUAUAAAAGCAUCAGCUCAUCAAUUUACAUUAGCAUUAGAAUCUCUUAAACAGGUUUUCACAGUCGAAGUUUUCAGAGGUUUGUUCGGUCUAACAACUUGGUGGACUUAUUUUGCUUGGUUUGCUACCACUUCAGUAGGCAUGGUUUACCAAUCAUAUUUUACUCACAUUUGA